AUGUCUCUCAAGGACAGUUUCGUCAGUAAAGAAAAGAACACAAAGAAGAACGGCAAGCUGCCUCUUUCGCGUCCUCGGACGAAUCUCCGCGAGCUCGCCAAAGACUCCCCCACUGACGGUUCUGCGCGCAAGCUGGGUGGCACAAGCACGCCUAGUGCGGCCACUGAAUCGAUCAGACCAGUGUCAACUGUGGGCGAUGGAGAAAAGCCGGCAGGGGCAGCGGCAUGUGGCAUCAAUCCCGCCGACGUUCAGCAGCUAUUAGACGACAUGCGGAAGAUGAAGAUCAUCAUCAAGGGUCAUGAGAGACGGAUCAAACAGUUGGAGGAACACCAGAAAUGA